CAGUCAUGCAGAGAAGCUACAGAGGGAACCAGCAAGACCAUUAGGAGACAGAUCUGAAAGACACUGUAAGAUAUUGUGCAGUGAUUUCUGCCUGCUCCUGGCUUGUUUUUCGAGCGCUGAAUUCAAGGAGAGUAGCUGGAUGUGGUAGGAAAACAAUUGCUUUACCGUGGUUCUGUUUGUGUAUCAUUGAGUCUAUUCUUGGAGGAAUAGAAGCCAGGAUGCCAGCGCUCCGGUCACUUUGAAAUCGCUGCACUGCAGUAUGCCGUCCUUCAUCUGCCUCUAUCUGUGCUCAAAGUCCCUCUUAGGAUUUGGAGAACAAUCGACCAUGACAACUGAAUCGGGAUCAGACUUGGAAUCGAAGCCGGAGCCGGAGGCCGAGCCCCAGGAGGGUCACGCGGGGGCACAGCUGGGGGCGCAGCCAGGAGCUGAGCCAGGCAGUGAAGAGCAGCCCCAGGCACUGGAGCAGUUGGAGGAGGCGGCAGCGCACAGCACGCCCGUGAGGAAGGAGGUCACUGACAAGGACCAGGAGUUUGGCGCCGGACCUGCCAAACAGCCCGAAUAUCAGCAAUUUGAAGACGAUAAACUUUCCCAGAAAUCAUCUAGCAGCAAACUAUCUCGAUCUCCAUUAAAGAUUGUCAAAAAGCCUAAAAGCAUGCAGUGCAAAGUGAUACUUCUGGAUGGAUCAGAAUAUACCUGCGAUGUAGAGAAACGCUCCAGAGGCCAAGUGCUGUUUGAUAAAGUAUGUGAACAUCUGAAUUUGCUAGAAAAAGACUAUUUUGGGCUUACAUAUCGAGAUGCUGAAAGCCAGAAGAAUUGGUUGGACCCUGCUAAGGAAAUUAAAAAACAGAUUCGAAGUGGUGCUUGGCACUUUUCAUUUAAUGUGAAAUUUUACCCACCAGACCCUUCCCAGCUCUCUGAAGAUAUCACCAGGUACUACCUCUGCUUACAGCUGCGCGAUGACAUCGUGUCUGGCAGGCUGCCCUGCUCCUCUGUCACCCUUGCCACGUUGGGCUCGUACACCGUCCAGUCAGAACUGGGAGACUACGACCCAGAUGAGUGUGGCAGUGACUACAUCAACGAGUUCCGCUUCGCGCCAAACCACACAAAAGAACUAGAAGACAAAGUCAUCGAGCUGCACAAGAGCCACAGAGGCAUGACGCCCGCAGAAGCAGAGAUGUAUUUCUUGGAAAAUGCCAAAAAGCUCUCCAUGUAUGGGGUGGAUUUGCAUCAUGCCAAGGAUUCUGAGGGAGUUGAAAUCAUGUUAGGAGUGUGUGCAAGUGGCUUGUUGAUAUAUCGUGACCGACUACGCAUCAACAGGUUUGCCUGGCCAAAGGUUCUAAAGAUUUCAUACAAACGGAGCAACUUUUACAUUAAGAUCCGGCCGGGAGAGUUUGAACAAUUUGAAAGCACCAUCGGGUUUAAGCUGCCCAACCAUAGAGCGGCCAAGCGUUUGUGGAAAGUGUGUGUGGAACACCAUACAUUUUUCAGACUGUUGUUACCAGAAGCACCUCCAAAGAAGUUCCUUACCUUGGGGUCCAAGUUUCGUUACAGUGGCAGAACACAAGCCCAAACCAGGAGAGCUAGUGCACUGAUAGACCGCCCGGCCCCUUACUUCGAGCGUUCGUCCAGCAAACGUUAUACCAUGUCUCGCAGCUUGGACGGAGCAUCAGUGAAUGAAAACCAUGAAAUAUACAUGAAGGAUUCUGUGUCUGCUGCAGAGGUUGGUACUGGCCAGUACAUGACAACAAAGGGCAUCUCUCAGACCAACUUGAUCACCACUGUGACUCCGGAGAAAAAGGCAGAGGAGGAGCGGGGCGAGGAAGACGACAGACGGCAAAAGGCCGAGGAAGCCACACCCGUCGCUGCCGUACGGCCCGAGGGAAAGACCGACAGUGAGCGCACGGACACCGCGGCUGAUGGGGAAACCACCGCCACUGAGGAGCUAGAUAAAACCCAAGAUGACCUGAUGAAACAUCAGACCAAUAUUAGUGAGCUGAAAAGAACCUUUUUAGAAACCUCCACAGACACUGCCAUCACGAACGAAUGGGAAAAGAGGCUUUCCACCUCCCCCGUGCGACUAGCCGCCCGGCAGGAGGAGGCACCCAUGAUCGAGCCGCUGGUACCUGAAGAGAAAAUGGAAACCAAGAUGGAGUCUGGCAAAAUAGAGACGGAAACAACCCAGCACCCCCAGCCACUUAGCACCCAGAAGGUUGUGCAGGAAACGGCAUUGGUGGAGGAAAGACAGGUGAUGAAUGCACAUGCAAGUGGGGAUGCUUCUUACGCAGCUGGAGAUGACAUGGAUGCUGUGACCCAGGCAGCAUCUGCUGAUGUAUCUGAUGUGAAAGGGAAGGAGGUCUCUGCUCUGACUGAGGGAGCGAAGGAGGAAAAAGGGGAGGUGGCCGACAAAGCUGUCCUCGAGCAGGGAGAGAUGGCAGCUGCUUCCCAAGAGCCAGAGGAGCAGAGUGCAGCCAUCCACGUUUCUGAAGCUUCGGAAGAAAAACCUCAUUUUGAGUCAUCUACUGUGAAGACAGAAACCGUCAGCUUUGGCAGUGUUUCACCAGGAGAAGUAAAGCUAGAAAUUUCCACCAAGGAAGUGCCUGUAGUUCACACAGAAACAAAAACCAUAACAUAUGAAUCAUCACAGGUUGAUCUUGGUGCCGAUUUGGAGCCAGGUGUGCUCAUGAGCGCACAGACGAUCACAUCUGAAACCACUGGCACCACGACCACCACCCACAUCACCAAAACUGUGAAAGGAGGCAUUUCAGAGACGAGAAUCGAGAAGCGAAUCGUCAUCACGGGAGACGCGGACAUUGACCAUGACCAGGCACUGGCUCAGGCAAUUAAAGAGGCCAAAGAGCAGCACCCUGACAUGUCAGUGACCAAAGUAGUGGUCCAUAAAGAGACAGAGAUCACCCCUGAAGAUGGAGAGGAUUGAGCCCAGGUAAGAGGUGGCGCUGGUUCUCUAGGCUUGGCCUCGGCUGGCAUGUGGCCCAGGGCUUCCCUCUCUCCCUCCCCCUGCC